UGCGAGGAUAGAGUCAAGUUUUCAGCAUGACUCGAGACUUUUAUCAAAAUAUCAUGUGGACUAUUAAUCCGUCGGUUUGAAAUUCCCGUCACUUUCUCUUCCAGUUCAAGUCUGCAUUUAAAAGCAGAGAAAACUUUCAAAUGUUCUUCACAAUCGAUCUCAAUUCAAACCUCAGUUCGUACAAUUCUCCGUUGAUGAACGCGAUUGAUUUCUUCCGCUGAUUUGUCUUCUGCGCCUUCGAUUUGGAACUAGAAUCCUUCAAAAUCUCACCGCGAAGUUCACCACGCCAUCAAUUCACAAAGAAAUUCCAACUCAUCUCAAUCAAAAUCACUAAAUCACCGCCAUAAUUUCCGUCUCCACCAAUCUCGAGAGCCAAAACCAGAUUUACUCAGAUUCAAUCAAAACCAGGAGUCGAAAAAUGGCGAUAAAGUGGAACGGAAUCACAAAAGGCAAUCUGGCAGAGGAACUGACGAAGGUAAUCGGAGCAGUGGCGUGGUCGGAGUGGGGCGACGCAAUGGAGGAAUCGGAAGAAUCUGUGGAAGUGAGGCGAUUAACGGGAGCGAUGACGAACGAGGUGUACCAAAUCAAAUGGAAGAAUCCGAAAAGUAGCGGUGCUGAAGAUCGGAAGGUGGUGGUGAGAGUGUACGGAGAAGGAGUGGAGGUGUUCUUCAACAGAGACGAUGAGAUCAGAACUUUUGAAUGGUUGUCGAAGCUCGGCCAUGGCCCUCGCCUUCUCGCUCAAUUCUCACAUGGAAGAGUCGAAGAAUUCAUCCACGCCAGGACAUUAUCAGCAACGGAUCUUCGAGACUCAAAAAUAUCAGCACUUAUAGCAAGUAAAUUGAGAGAGUUUCACAAUCUUGAAAUGCCUGCUCCCAAAAAUGUGGUCCUUUGGGAUCGAAUGAGAUAUUGGCUAAGUGAAGCCAAAAGAUUAAGCUCACCAAUUGAUGUGGAAGAAUUUUGGUUGGAGACAUUGGAGGAGGAAAUAAAUAUGCUUCAAAGAGAACUCUCCAAAGAUUCUCAACUCAUUGGCUUUUGUCACAAUGACUUGCAAUAUGGCAACAUUAUGAUGGAUCAACACACAUCAUCAAUAACUCUAAUUGAUUAUGAGUAUGCAAGUUACAAUCCAAUAGCUUAUGACAUUGCAAAUCAUUUCUGUGAAAUGGCAGCAGAUUACCAUUCUGAGACUCCCCAUAUUUUGGACUACACUUCAUACCCAGAUCUAAAGGAACGUAAACAAUUUGUUCGUGCUUAUCUUACUUCUACAGGGAGGAAAGCCAAUGAAGAAGAAGUGGAGGAGGUAGUGGAGGAGGCUGAGAAAUACACUUUACCCAACCAUCUCUUUUGGGGCUUGUGGGGAAUUAUUUCAGGUCACAUCAACAAGAUUGACUUUGACUACUUUGAGUAUGCAAGGCAGAGGUUCGAUCAAUACUGGCUAAGAAAGCCCGUGCUCUUGGUUUCUUCUAUUGUUGAUCACUGUCAUCCAACGAUGAAUGAUUCGUAAGACGAAUAAAAUUUCUUCUCUUUUUUCUCUCUAUGUCCUAGUAUUUUCUUUACCUACCACUUUGUAUAAAAAAUAAGUCAACACUUUUAGGUUGACUUUUGUUGUGUAGUUCGAUUUUAUAAAAUGUUUGGUGGAACAAUACGGAUAUAUUAUUUCUAGAUUUUGAAUGAAAUUUGAUGUCUUUUUGGAUGGAGGGUCACGUUA